UGAUUUAUCGUCUCAUAUAAUAUUAUAUGUCUGACACAGGGUCUGCAACCAACACUACUGCUUGUGAUGAGGAAGAGUUACAAUCAUCCUCUGAAUCAAGUAUUGUUACUGACAACCCAAUUGAGGCGUUGCAGAUAAAGAUAAAGGAAAUUAGAAGGAGAUUCAGUUCUAUUAAAUUCUCAACAAUCAAAUGUCUGGAAAAGUGCUCCAUCACUGUGGUGCAUGUUGUUUUGCUUCUCACUGAAAUUCAGAAC